ACGGUCCCCGAGACGGCCGUUCGUCUGCAACCGUCGUGGGGCUGUGAACGAAAGCGACUGAGGGUAUCUGGGGACGGAAGGUGUCUGGCACGCGAAUAGGCGUCGCCAUGGCUACGAAGGUGGAUGAAGUGGCGGCACGGUGGGAACAGCAGCAGCGGGAGAUAGCGGCCAUGUUGGACCAGCUGAAGCCGCCGGACGACUGGAAGCUGCUGCCGGCUGACCCCAACUACAAGUACCCACUGGUGCGCUACUACCGCUACCGUGGCACCGUGCUCAGCAACUUCCCCCUGCUCUGGGGCUUCCUGGAAAGCUGGAAACGUUUCCAGGCGCGUCCCAAGGACGUCAUCGUAGCCAGCUUUCCCAAGUCGGGCACCACCUGGCUACAGGAGUUGGUUUGGCGGGUCGUGCACGGCGAGACAAGCGUUAACAGCGGCGGCGGCGCCACACUCGAGUAUCGCUUCCCCCUUCUGGACGAACCCUAUGCAGACAUCAUGAAGAUGACACCCAUCCACGACAUGGAGGAUCCGCGCCUCAUCAAGACGCACCUGCCUUACGACCUGCUGCCCCCCAGCGUGCACACCGGCAACGCCAAGGUGCUGUACGUCUCGCGUGACCCCCGCGACGUCUGCGUCUCCUACUACCACUUCUUCCGCAUGAUUAACUACGCGGAGUACCGCGGUACCUUCCAGGAGUUCCGCGACAGCUUCGUGCGUGGUGAGGUGAUGUACGCGCCUUACCGUGAGCACGUGCAGGGCUACCUGCGUCACGCCGACACCGUGCUGUGCGUGACGUACGAGCAGCUGCACGCUGACCGCGCGGCCGUCGUCCGUCGAGUGGCCGCCUUCCUGGAGCGGCCCGUGACCGACGCCGAGGCCGAGAGUAUCGCGCGUCACACCAGCUUCGAAGCCAUGAAGGAGAACCCCGGCACCAACUACCGCCACUGGGAGAAGACCGGCAUGGUAAACGUGGGCUCGGAGGUCACCUUCAUGCGCAAGGGCCAGGUGGGCGACUGGAAGAACUACUUCACUGAGGAGGAGGGUGCCGCUUUCCUGAAGUGGGCGAAACAGCCGGUCUGAGGCUGCUCAGUAGGAUGUUCCAGAACAAAGCUUUUUGGAAACUUUUGGGUGCUCAUGACUGGGGUGGCUCUUCGGCUCAAGGUGAGCUCAGAACUGUUUCAUUUCUAUAUAAUAUUGACGCGUGCGUAGGCGGUACACAAAGAGUAGCAAGUUUGGUAGUGUUAAGUUAUUUUCGGCCUGUUGUAGCAAACAAAACGUUAUUAAAAUGGACAGUGGCAUCGUCUUGGUUGCUUGAAAUGAGGUUGUUAGCGCACUCUUAGCAUGCUGAUUCUAUGAUUUGGAACAAAAUAUCGAAGUGGUGUCUUCACAGAAGGGGAUAACUUUUUUAGAGGCAGCAUGAAUGUCAAACUAAUUCCUGCAAAUG